AUGACAAAUUACUAUCUCCUGGUGCAAGGAGAGAUUAUGACCCUGGUUAAUGAGGCUGAAGCUGAUCAAGGGGAGUGUGAACACAGUGACACUGCACUGCCAGUGCCCUGGUCUGAGAGCAGCCAAGCUUCACUCACUGCCUUGCUGAAUAAGCCUCCAGUAGCUCCCAGAAGUACAUCAUCUAAAGGGGAAGGGUCCUCACCGGGAGUUUGUCCCUUGCACGGAGAAGGGGAGGGAAGGAGUGGGGGAGGGAUGGGGGCUUAGGGCGGAAUCGCUGAAGUCUUUUGUAUGUGCCUUGAUUUUUUAUUAUUUUUUUCCCCUUUCUUUCCUCCCCUCUGUUUGCACUCUCCUCCCUUCUCUUGUUCUCUCUGUCCCUGCCCACCCCACCCUCCCUUCAGAUCCGGCGAUUCCUGCCCUCGCCUCGCCCUGUCAUUGAUGGGAAAUCAACUGGAUCGCAUCACCCACCUGAAUUACAGCGAGCUGCCGACCGGGGACCCCUCGGGGAUCGAGAAAGACGAGCUGCGCGUCGGGGUGGCUUACUUCUUUUCGGAUGAGGAGGAGGACCUGGACGAGCGAGGCCAGCCAGACAAGUACAGCGUGAAGGGCUCCGGCAGCCCUGGCCAGGAGACGCCCACCCACCACCUCCACCACCAGCUGGUGCUGAACGAGACCCAGUUCUCCGCUUUCCGCGGCCAGGAAUGCAUCUUCUCCAAGGUCAGCAGCGGCCCCCAGGCCGGGGACCUCAGCGUCUACUCGGUGUCAGCCCUGCCUGCCCUCUGCAAGCCGGGGGACCUGCUGGAGCUGCUCUACCUGGGGCCGUCGGAGCACCCGCCGCCUCACUGGGCGGUCUACGUGGGCAGCGGGCAGAUCAUCCACCUCCACCAGGGGCAGAUCCGGCAGGACAGCUUGUACGAGGCGGCCGCGGGCAACGUGGGCCGGGUGGUGAAUAGCUGGUACCGCUUUCGCCCGCUGGUGGCCGAGCUGGUGGUGCAAAACGCCUGCGGGCACCUGGGCUUAAAAAGCGACGAGAUCUGCUGGACUAACUCCGAGAGCUUCGCCGCCUGGUGCCGCUUCGGGAAAAGGGAGUUCAAAGCCGGGGGGGAGCUGCAGGCUGCUGCCGGCACCCAGCACCAGCAGCAGUACUAUCUCAAGAUCCACUUGGCGGAGAACAAGGUGCACACGGUGAGGUUCCACAGCCUGGAGGAUCUAAUACGCGAGAAGCGCAGGAUCGAUGCCAGCGGCAAACUGAGGGUGAUCAAAGACCUGGCGAUAGUGGAUGAGAAAGAAUAGGGAGUAGCAGAGGCACACGGCUAUCUUCCUUCUGCCCUGCCCGGGGAGCCCAGCCUGCCACAGAGACAGGAGGCUGCACCCUCUUUCCGUGGGACACGGCUGGAAGCGGGAUCCAUGGCAACAUUCCAAAAAACCAGCAUUCUCGACGCCCAUAGCCAGUGUUUUGUUUGGCUUUUAAUAGCAUUAAUGCUGAAAGAGCAAGAGAGGAAGAAAAGAGGGGGGGAGGUGCAGGAAGGCUGUUCUCAGAGUACGUGGACAAAGUCUCUCCUGUCGAUCGAUGUUGACCAUUCUAGCAACAUGCCAAUAAAAUUUCAAAUUGAAAUUAUUUUUUUAAUUUUUAUUUCAUGGCUUUAAUCCAUGAUAAGUUUGAACAUCUGGGGCCAUGGAUGUGGAUCUAGCUAAACGAGUUUCUAGCUAAUAUUUGCCUUGCAGCCAACCAAAAGCGUCAAUCAUACUUCAUUUAGCUGGGAGGGGAAAGGAGGGUUGAGGGGGAGAGGAUGGGGUAAAUGCCUGUUUGUUUUGUUUCUCAACACUGUUGCUUCAGCCUGUAGCUGCAACCUAAAUUUUCUCCCAGCCAACUUUGGCAAGAUAUUAACAGGGGAAAAUGCUUUCACAUUUCUGGUAGAAAUCUAUUACAUUUAAAAUAUUUGUUGUCUUUUGCUUUUUGUUUGCAGCUCUCUGCUAAAUGUCAUUAUAAUGCAUAAGCUCUUUCCACGUCUUCCCUUUCCCCAGCCUCCCUGCCUUUUUUUUUUUCCUUUGGAAAAAAAGUUCGUGAGCAGCUGUUUUCCUGAAACUAAAUUCAUUGGUUAUAGCAGGUGGUGUAUUUUGGAGAACAGUAUACUCAGUGUUGCUCCUCAGAGAUCCAGCCUCUAGGAUCUCAUGCUUGAGCUGUGGAUUUGUAUUGCUGUAGUGAUUCUCACUGCACCACUGCUUCAGUACCUCUUCAUGCACAGGUCAACAGAAUCCUGCAAGAAACAAAUAGGUUAGAAUUCUGCAUGUUGCCUCUUUGAAACAACAAUUUAUUGCAUAUUUACAAUUCCACUUAAAAAAAAAAUAAAUGUAAUAUGGCCAAGUUCAUCUUGCAUUUCAAAUUCCAAGCCACCAAAAAUCCCGUUCAGUCUAAGUUUAGAAAUCCACAGCUGCUUGAAAAGAUGCCUUUUAAUGUGAUGUGAGCAAUGCCGUGUUUGUAUUUCAGAUCCUAUCCACUCAUUGCUUAAUUCUAAGUUUUGAAGUGAAAGAUCAGAGUAUUAAAUAUAUAUUUUAAAAAUCUAAACAAAUUAACUAUACUGGGGUAUUUCUACAGCUGUCUAUUUAUUUUUAAUUAUUAUUCUGAGCUGCAUACAACUUGUUAAUAAGCAAAUUGUCUCUGCAUGUUUCAGUACUGGAAAGAAAAUGCAUUUGUUUUUGUCCCCUCUUUCCACAUCAAUGGCAGAACAAAAGUAAUACCCCUCUUCUGUAUAUAUAAUACACUCCACCCCUAUCAAUGUACUGUGUCCUGGCUCCUUUUUGUAUUAAACAAUAUCAUAAGCAACCUUGUUGCAACAGUAAUUUCAUUUCUACAAAGUGUUUGCACCCCAUAUCUGAAGCUGUGAGGGUGGAGUGUACUUCAUUAUAACAAAAGUGUUAACAUAAAUAUCUUUAUUUAAAAAAAAAGCCCAAACAAAAAAAAAGCCCAAAACCAAAACAACCUCCCCCCAAAUCUGCACCCCUUCAGUGAAAGUCAUCUAACAGGCUUUGUGUUUGCUGAUGUACUUGGCAAAGUUAUGUUGUAAUAGGCAGUGUUACUUUUAUCCUUUUCCCUAAAGUACCUUGGUUAGUACAAUAUAGGAUAAACAUUUGAAAAAUGUGAAUUAUCAUUCCUGUCAAACUACUACUGAAAUAGCCUCAAAUCACAACAUACCUUUUAAUGAAUGUGUAAUAUUCUAGCUCUAUAUUGGCAGUCUGAUAAUGUUAGCUUUUCCUGUAACAUGAGCGGAGUCUUCUACAUAGCAUUGCUGUAUCUUAAUAAGUACACCAUAUUAGAUCUCCCAAAUUGUCUGUUAGAACUGUAUCACUUGGUGGGAGCACUGUGGGAUUGCAGAAAGUACUAACUUUACACCCAAGACAGUUACAAAAACUUAAAUGGUAGGAGAAAGAAUGGUAGGCAAAAACUAAUUUGUUAUAAUUUCCCCUUGUAAAAAAAUAUACAUUAGAGAACUGAGGUAGGAAGAGGCAGGGAGAAUGAGAUGUAGAGGGAGUAAAUAAGUGUUUAUGAAAACAGAAAGAAUGGAGUCACAUUGUUAUUUUUGAUUUCUGGAAUGCCUUUUCUUCAAAUUGCCUUUAGAUGAAUAAUAUAGGAUCAGAGAGAUGAUCUUUGCAAGAACAGCAUUGCAUGUCCUCAACUAGUGAGAAUUUAAAACCUACUGGCUAUAAACUUUUCACCGUGCUUUCCAAAUACUGCAUUGCUCUAUCUGAUCAGCCAUUUUAACUUGGUGGGGAGGGGUUGGUAAUGAUUUACUAACGUGGGUCGUGAACACAACAGUCCUUGUUUUACCUAGCUGGAUGUCAACAGUAUUUUGUAGUAUAUAAAGGAAGUUACAGGAGCUAGUCUUUCCUUAUUUAUGCAAGCUCUGUCAGAAAUCUUUGGCAUUGCUCCAAAUUUGUACAGGUAAAGAGAACAACCAAAUUAAGGCCUUAGUCCUUUGCAUAGGGUGUGGAGAAAAUGUAUUGGAAAUAUUCACAGAUGGUAUUAACCUAGGAUAUAGUAAUGCUAUGACUGUGUUCAAGUAGCAGUCUCUUAACAACAAAGAUACCCACACAGAUCCUUUUUUCUUUUGCUAGAUUUUCAGUUCAGAGUUCCUGACAGCAAUCUGGCCCUGAUUCAUAGUCCACUGAAGUUAACAGAAAGGCUCUCACUGACUUCAGUGAGCCUUGGAUCAGGUUUUAUUGUUUAGGAGGCGGUUAAAAUUUGUGGACCUUGAGAAGAAGUGAGAUUUAAGAUGGCAUUUCAGAGACCAGAAGGUCCACCUUUCUGAGACUGGAGACAGUGGAAACAGGCAAUACUGUGAAAAUAAGGGAAGAAAACAGACUAGUUCUGAAAAAAACAGUGUUAAUCUGAGAUGGCAGAAGGGAAAUAAUGAAAAAGGCUGAGUGAAAAGUGGAUAUAAAAAGUUGUUUUGUGCCUUGAAAAAACAAACAGAAUGCCAGAGAGCCUUCAGCUGCGAGAAAGGCAAUGAGUGAAUGACUGACAGGUAAAAAAUGUAAUUGAUUAUACUCAUCUUUCAGGAUCAGUGACCUGCCUGAGUUAACAUUUCCAUUUCCAGGAGUAAAGAUAUUGACAAAUUAUAUUAUAUCUCUGGAAUCUGUUUACAUUCUUCAGCCUAGCUACCUAAGGUAAAUAUUUAUAUCUCAUUCAUUGGUCUUGAAGUAUUGACAUGUAAUAUGACUGCAAUGUUAAGAUACUUUGCCCAUCUUUCUUUUGUGUCACGUUUCAAGCUUCCUGUUAGAUAUUUGGGUAGCGGUUUUAUAGAAUCUCUUUUGCUUGGAUAUAAUUUUCUUUGUCUUUUCAAAAUGCAAUCUUUUGAAUUGCUUUGAGGCAAACAUUUUAUUAAAAAUUCGAUUCAUGUCCCCUUGAAAUAUAGAGAGAAAUGUUUUACUGUCGUGACCAAAAUGUUUACUGGUUAUUGGCUGUGCGUGUAGGUAGAGGACUGUAAAGAUGGGUAACAAAAUACAUUUUGUCAUUAUCAAAUUUUGUCUCCAUCUUUAGUUUCCAGAUUAUUUUGUUUUCAUUUGUUAGGAUUUUUUCCCCUCUCAAGUCAUUAUGGUUCUAUAAAAUGGAAAAAAACAAAACAAAACAAAAACAAAACACACAAAGCCAACCCCUCAUAGUGUAUUUUUAGGGCAAUAAGCUGUUGAUCCAUAUGUGGAUUUCAGAUUAAAAGCAGGGUCUAACAAGAUACAGCCUUCAGGGUGUGACAAGAAAUGGCCUUUAGUCUGUGCUAGAGUGUGCACAGUCUUAAUUAUCCUGCCUCAUUUCAUUUUAGUGUCUUUCAUAUCCAGGUAAGUGAUGUGCAAAAAUUUGUCAGAGUUUAUAGACCUGUUUAUGCGAUGUGUUGAACAUCUGUAACUCCAACCAACAUUGGCUGGAGUUGAGAGAAUGCUGGAUCUCACCCGAGACACACAUCUUGUGGGAUCGGGUCCCUCAGCCCACCUGGUUCCCAGCCCUCUGUUUGCAGCUACAGAGGAGGCUGAGAUAGCUGCUGCUCGUUUUAAGAUUUAGUUAUUUUCUAUGAAAGAUUUCUAGUAGGGUAGCUAACAGUGUUCUGUCCAUAAUUAUACUUGGCUGUGACUAAAAAGUUGUAUAUGUUGCUGCUUAUGCUGUGCAAACUGUGUUUUCUGCUUUACAACCCAGGAGAAAGAUGACAAUCCCCGUCCCAAAGAAUUAAUCCAGAAAUAUGUAAGGAGGUGUGAUGGGGCUACCACGCUGAGGGCAGUUUCGCCACAGAAUUAGGAUCUAAAGGAUGAUAAUAUAUGACUAGGGUGUGAUCAAGUGCUGCUGAUAGGUCAUGAGUGUCAGUGUUUCCGUAGCAAGUCUGAAAUUUAUUUGCUUACUUUAUUAUUAUGAAAUAUUUAACUUCUCUGUACUUUGAGUUCAAAUUUGACAUGUAAAACUGCCCUAGGCUCAUGGAUCCUCUGACACAAUGUUAGUUUAAUCUGUCACAUUUUUUUACAGUUUUAUUGUAAAGAAAAUUAAUGAAUACUAGGAUUAGAUACUUUACUGAACUGCUUAUAAAUCAAAAAGAGGAUAGUGUAGAUGUUAGGUUGGAAAAAGGCAAUGAACUAAGAAUCUUCUGUUAUUUGGCAUACCAGUGGAUUUACUCCAGAUUAUAUAGAUAUAAUCUAUACAGAUGUAAAUUACCAGUGCUGUAUUUUUUUAAAAGUGGUCGUGGCACUCUGCAAAUAUAUAGUAUUAUCUUGUCUAACUAAUACAAAUCCCCUGUGAAGUUCUAUUUUUUUUUGUAUAUUGAAAUGCCAGCAUGCCAUUGAAAUUAAAGGUUAUUUUAACCAUAUUUAUCUUUGAGAAAUAAACUGGAAUUUGUCUUAUGGGAUUUAUAGUUGAGCAGCUGUUAAGAUGCACUUCCAUUUCUUAAUUUUAAAUAUUUUGCAUGAAACACAAAUGUAUUCAGGUGGAUGUGUCUAUAGGAAACAGAGAAUUUCCAUUAGCAGAAGCCAUUCAGAUUAAGAUUAUGCUUUUUUAAGGUGAUAGUUUUUGUUGGGUUUUUUUCCCCAUAUUUUGGGGGCUUUGGGGCAUUUCUGAUUCUGCAGAUGUAUGUAAAACUGCUUGCCUCUUCAAGUGUUUGCAGGAUCAGGAUCUUUGACAUAAAAGAUGAUCAAUCCUGUUUGUGUGGCAUUUAUUUUGGGCUAAAAUCAAGGAGCAGAACUCUCCAGGAUCAAGAACUCAGCAUAAACCUCCUAUAGAAUUCAAUGGAAGGCUCAUGUGUGCGAUGCCUACCACAAGGGCCUUAAUUGCUUAUUCUUACUUGUACAUAUCGUCAUCAUCUAUGCAAAUUGGCAUUUUCCUAGGUAAAGUGGGUUAAUGCUUUUCAAACAUCCCUUUGACUUUCUCUUGUGUGGCUGUGUGGGUACAUGUGGUGGGCACAAAUAGAAAAUUGGAGUUUAGUUUGUGGUCUUGAGCUUCUGAUGUGCUGUAAAGCCAGUAUCUCCAACUAUUUUGACAGGAACUCAGGUGGAAUUUGUUACCAGUGUGGGUACAACAGAAAAGGAUGGGAGAGUUUGCAGUUAAACUUCAGGCUGUUCAAGGAAGAUGUUCAGAGAUAAGAAUAAAACUUGAUUCUUUCUUUCUCUUCUCCAAGGUGCAUGAGGGUGAGUAACCAUGCACCCCUCAUAGAGAAAACCAUUCACACUUUGGAGAACCAUGCUACUGCCUAGGCAAAAUAGGGUGAGUAAAAUAUGCAGUGUCUCAUCAGCCUCGAGUAGCAAAUAAUUUUUCACAGUUUAAAGACUAUUUGGAUACAGAGUGGCACUGCCAAUCUAUUUUGAAAAGUCAUAUUUUUUAAGCUUAUAAAGUAAGCAGCAUAAUGCUUAUAAGCGGAAGACCUCAAUAAUCUUUCUUGAUAAUUCCUGUACAGUAGAGGUAAGAGCUUGUUCCCAGUUUGUGUAAAUAAAAGAGUAACCCCUAUUCAAGAAAAUUACCAUGCAGUUGAAUUUGCGAAUAAAUGAAACAAUCAAGCCCCAGAUUUAGCUCUGACAUGAUGCUAUCACUGCUGCAGGUAAAUAAAUGACAAGUAUCUAACAGCGUGAGUAAAUACAAAGUGCUACACUGUGACAUUUCUUCACAGCAGAGUACUUUGUGCCACAGAAGGAAUAUUCCUCAUAUGUUAUUCAACAUGAGUAAACAUAUCACAAUCUGGUUUUAAAACAGAUCUCUUUUCCAUAUGUUCCUAUUGUUUCCAUAUGCCCUUUCAGUCAGCUGAAAGCAAUACAAAAACUGAGUCUGAAAAACAUACUAAUAGUUUGUAAAUAUUUAAGCAGAAAUUUAUAUGCCUAUUGAUAUAUAACUAAUGGAUAUACUUGUAUAUAAUAUACAUAUGCAUACCAUGUGUGUAUAUAUUAUGCAUACACACACACAAGAAGUCUUGGCUAUUUUGUUAGCAUUGGUAAUAAAUGCCAGUUAUUUCAGUAUGUAUAUUAUCUGUGCAACAGAUGGAUACCCAAGACUUCACUGACAGGAUUUUAACACUAUUCAAAUAUUUGUUCUUUAGGGUAUGCCAUGGUCUUCUGACAUCAAGAAAAGUGAGUUAAAUAUGUGGGGUUUGACAUAUUGCUACUUACUGGAGGAAAAAUAUCGAGGAGCACUACACUUUGCAAUAAUGAAGUACCCUUUUAGAAUGAACUAUGCUGCUACUGACUUGUGUAUUUAUAAAUAAAAGAAUGCUCCAGUGAAGUAUUCAUCCAUCUUUCUUUUUGGCAUAUUUUAAUGGAUAGUGCCACAAAGGUUGUUUGGUGGGGUUUUUUUUCAUAAUUUGAAUGUUUUUCCCCUCACUGUAAUAAUUUGGAAGCAUAACUCUGAAAUUAGCUGUGUUCUGUUGUUUGGACGCACUCAUCUAUUGCUGUAUAGUUGUUCUUAAGUAAAGAGGCAGCUGGCAUUGAUA